GAUCAAUUGACAUUCAAGGAUGUGGCCACUGAGUUCUUUCAGGAGGAAUGGGAAUGCCUGAACCCUGAUCAGACAGCUCUGUGCAGAAACAUGAUGUUGGAGAAAUACAGCAAUGUGGUUCCUAUGGAUCUCACUAUCUACAGACCAGAUCUAGUAACCUAUCUGGAGCAAAAUGACGAGCCCUGGAAAGUGAAGAGAAUUGGGACAGCAGAAAAACAUCCAAAUAUGUUUUCUCAAGACACCCAAGAAAAUUUUACAGAAGACAGUAUGCAACAUGCAUUCCAAAAAGUUAUAUUGAAACAACAUGAAAGUAUUGAUCCUGAGAAUUUUCUCCUCUGGAAAGCCUGGGAAAACAGACAUUAUUGUGAAGCACAGAAAACAAGUGAAAAUAGACAUAUCAAUCUCACAACUAUGCUUGACACAAACUUCACUGACAAAAAAGAUAAGGAAUAUCAGUUACCUGAAAGCAAUGCUCAUUUUACAUCAUUUAAUUUUUCUGAAUCAGGUGCUUCUGUAAUGAAGAGUCCACAUCAAUUUUUGAAACAGAAAUUAACUCUGAGCAGAAAUACUGAAUAUCUGAAAAGUAAUGGAGACCAUGAGGUAACUAAUCAUUUAAAUGAUUUUGACCAUGGGACUAAGUUAAAGUGCACAUCAAGCAUUUAUGUAGACAGAUGUAAAGAAUUUAGUGAAUCUUUUGCUUAUCCCUUACAAGAUGAUGUGCAACAGAAAAUUCACACUGGAGAGAAAUUCUACAAAUGUAAAAAAUGUGACAAAUUCUUCAGUAGUUCCUCAUACCUCACUAAGCAUCAGAGAAUUCACACAGAAGAAAAACUUUACAAAUGCAAAGAGUGUAGUAAAUCUUUUGCUUGUUUCUCAACACUUGUCAUCCAUCAGAGAACCCACACUGGAGAAAAACCUUACAAAUGUAAGGAGUGCAGUAAAUCUUUUGCUUCUUCCUCACAACUUGUUGUUCAUCAUAGAAUUCACACUGGAGAGAAACCCUACAAAUGUGAAGAGUGUAGUAAAUCUUUUUCUUCUUCCUCACAUCUUACUGUUCAUCACAGAAUCCACACUGGAGAGAAACCCUACAAAUGUGAGGAAUGUAGUAAAUCUUUUGUUUCUUCCUCACAGCUUGUUGUUCAUCACAGAAUCCACACAGGAGAGAAACCCUACAAAUGUAAAGAGUGUACAAAAUCUUUUGUUUCUUCCUCAUAUCUUAUUGUGCAUCAUAGAAUCCACACCGGAGAGAAACCCUACAAAUGUGAAGCAUGUAGUAAAUCUUUUGCUUCUUCCUCACAACUUGUUGUGCAUCAUAGAAUCCACACUGGAGAGAAACCCUACAAAUGUAAAAAGUGCAAUAAAUCUUUUGGUACUUCCUCACAACUUGUUGUUCAUCAAAGAAUCCACACAUGAGAGAAACCUUUCAAAUCAAAAGAAUGUAACAAAACCUGUUGUUACUCACAUCUUAUUCAGCAUCAUAGAAUCCACACCGAGAAGAAACCCUACAAAUGUAAAGAAUGUAGUAAAUUUUUUGCUUAUUCUUCACAACUUGUUGUUCAUCACUGA